UCUCCCAGCCAUCCGUGCCUGUCCUGGCCGCUCCCAGCUCCCUGCCCGUCUGGCCGGCCGAGCGGGGCCUUGCUGGGUCCGGGCAGCUGCCGAGCGAAGCCGUAGGCUGCACUUCCGGCUCCGGCUCGUCGGGGCGUUCUUCGGGCGACCGGCGGCUCUUGCCCCGCCCCCAGGUUGGGCUGCGCGUCCUGGCCUCGUGCGAACGCGCCGGCUUUGCUGUCCCGUUCCCCUGCCGGCUGAGGCCCUUCUCCCGGCCGCCGAUUUGAAAGAGAGGCUGUUCCUGUUAGUAUUGACAUGGGUAUACUUCUGAGAAGAUGGAGAAUAUUAUCUCCUGCUGUGACAAACUAUGUGAGUCUCUGUCGAAAGCAGCAACAGCAUUGCAGAUUUUACCAUGAUAGACGGAAGCGCCUGUUGCUAUCCCAGCACUUUCUGUCAAUGAAUCUUCGGGAGGAUAGUUUGGUAUCACAAGAGAGCAAGAUGGGAGAAAUGACAUGUAAAAGUCAGAGGCUAAUGUUACUAGGAGGCCUGAUUUAUCCUGCCAGCCCUGGCUGCUAUCACUAUAUGCCAUACACUGUCCGAGCCAUGGAGAAGCUCAUCAAAGUGAUAGACCGAGAAAUGCAGUUCAUAGGAGGUCAGAAAAUCAACAUGCCCACAUUAUGCUCAGCAACGCUCUGGAGAGCCAGUGGAAGGUGGGAGCUGAUGAGCAAAGAGCUCUUACGCCUGGCAGACAGACAUGGCCAAGAAUAUUGUCUAGGACCUACUCAUGAAGAAGCCAUCACAGACCUCAUAGCUUCUCAAGGCCACUUGUCCUACAAGGGACUCCCCCUCUUGCUGUACCAGAUAACAAGAAAGUUUCGAGAUGAGAUAAAGCCACGCUUUGGGUUGCUGCGUGGUCGAGAGUUCUAUAUGAAGGACAUGUACACAUUUGAUGCCUCUGAGGAGGCUGCCCAUCACACAUAUGCUCUCGUUUGCAAUGCAUACUGUAAUAUAUUCAACAGCUUGGGUUUGCAGUUUGUGAAAGUGAAAGCAGCCACAGGGAGCAUUGGGGGGACAAUGUCUCAUGAGUUCCAGCUUCCUGCUGACAUUGGUGAGGACAAGCUGAUGACAUGCACAAAGUGUGACUUUUCAACCAAUGUGGAAUUAAUAAGCCCAGAUCAGAAGUAUUGUCCAGUUUGCAAAGGGGAACUGGUUGAGACCAAAGGAAUUGAAGUUGGCCAUACAUUCUUCUUGGGAACCAAAUAUUCUUCUGUUUUUAAUGCUACUUUUCAAACUUCUCAGGGUAAACCUGCUCCAGCUGAAAUGGGCUGCUAUGGUUUAGGUGUGACUCGCAUCCUGGCGGCUUCCAUUGAAGUGCUUUCUACAGAGGAUGCCAUUCAUUGGCCAAGCCUCAUCUCACCUUAUCAAGUCUGCUUCAUUCCUCCAAAGAAAGGCAGCAAGGAGGAGAAAGGAACAGUGCUUCUGGAAGAUUUAUAUGACUUUGUUGCUGAAGCAAUCCCUCAACUCAAAGAGGAAAUAGUGUUUGAUGACCGGAUUCAUCUCACCAUUGGUAAUAGAUUAAAAGAUGCUAAAAAACUUGGAUACCCCUAUGUGAUCAUUGGUGGGAAGAAGGCUUUGGAUGACCCUUCACUGUUUGAAGUAUGGAAUCACAAGACUGGUGAGACUUUGUUCCUCACCAGACAAGCCAUUAUUGAUUUUCUAAGUAAAGUGUCAACCUGCUAAUUCUUUAGUGUUUGGCUUUUGAAUCUUGAGCUAAAUGCUUUUGAAAUAAACAGAGUGAGGGGGUGAAAUAGCCAGAUAAUUCUAUCUAGCUCAAGGACUGAAAGGAAAAAAGGUUAUGACUUCUUUUCCAAAGCUUUGCUGACAUAGUUUGACCAGUGACUUUGGCUCUGAUGAUACCUCCCUCUGUGCCAUCGGGAUGUUUCUCCAGCACUGUAGACCCAGGUUAGCCCUUGGUUAUUCAUAGUAAUGUGUAUUCAAUCUGACAGUUUAUCUGUAGGAGAGUGGGUUGAAGUAAAUCUUAAAAUACUUUGAAACAAAGUGCUUACCAAAGUCCUUUUCUCCUGAAGCAAUCCUGUAUCCAUGGCUAAUAUGAAAAUGAAAUUGAAAAAGGAUGAACACACAGAUCCAAAAGGGGCAGUACUCUUUAAGUUUGUUCUAGGAAUUUCCCAGGUGGAGUAGGGGUGAGAUCCAUAUGGUCUGAAUACUUCACUGGCUCUCUGAAUAUGGGGUGUCUGAGUCUUUCUGAUCUUUGCUAGCUAAAUUAUAUGAGUUCUAGCUAUGUUACUGGCUUAUAAAGUAGUAUGGUGCAUUUACUAGUCAAGAUUGGGACAGGUUCGAAUGUUUCUUAGGGGUUUAGCCUAAGAAUAUUUUUGUUGAGAUAUUUGUACCCCAACUUUCAUCAUGAUUUAAGAUGGCCAACUUGGAUCCAGUUGGAGUCUGUAACAUUUUAAUUUUAGAAAAAUCAUGCAUUUUAAGUUAAGCAUACUUUCAAGCUAUGUAUUUGAUUUUAAAGUCAACUGGCCACUUAUUGAUGCUGAGUCACAGAGGUGAUGAACCAAAUAACAAAAAUGAGGUGGCUUAACAGCCUUAUUAUCAAAUGUCUGAGGAAGCAAAAUAUAUCAAUUGUUAAUCUGAAAGCUGAACUACUAAUUACAAAAAAUCCUACUACUAUCUCUCCUCUCUGCUCAUCCAGCAUUUUUAAUCAUUGAUUGUAAUCUGCCUCUAUUACAUUGACAGCUACUUUGUUCAUGUAUAAAAAUGAUGAUUUUCUAAACAUCAGAUUAUGUUACCAGUAAAUUGUAUUCCACACUGUGAGUGAUCAGAAUAAAUGACAAACCCGUUCAAAUGUGAUGAUUAAGGAAAA